AGUAAAGGUCUCUCAAGCCACGUUCUUCCUCACCCUCCUCUUUCUCCUCCGCCUUCGUCUUCGUUGACCUUCCUCUUCCUAGCCGGACCACCCCAUAUCACUGUUCCCAACUCCCAGAUCCGUUCUCCUCAUCCCUCAAUCUCACACGUCCAAGAUCCGACUACAAUCCUUGACUCGCUGAAAGAUCUUCACUUCAGGUUCUUGAGGUUCUUCUGUCUGCUUAUAUAUUAUUUAUUUGGGUUGGGUCUAGAUCUGGUUCAGAGCUAGAAACUUUCUCAACCAAGUUGAGGUUUUCGUGUUGGGUUUCGUUCGUGAACGAUUAGGCUGUGUUUAAAGAUCUGGGCUUGGCUGUAUUGGUCGCUGUGUUGCUUAAUUUGGUAUAUUGGAAAUGUCAAUUUUGCCAAAAGAGGAUUCGAUUCGAAUCCGGGAGGUGUGGAAUGAUAAUCUUGAAGAAGAGUUCCAUAUUAUCCGUGGUAUUGUUGACAAGUAUAACUAUGUUGCUAUGGAUACCGAGUUCCCUGGGGUUGUUCUUCGCCCUGUUGGGGCUUUUAAGAACAUCAGUGAUUACAACUAUCAGACUUUGAAAGACAAUGUUGAUAUGUUGAAAUUGAUUCAGUUGGGCCUCACUUUCUCUGACGAGAAUGGGAACCUUCCUACCUGUGGAACCGAAAACUUCUUCAUUUGGCAAUUCAAUUUCCGCGAGUUCAAUGUCACCGAGGACAUCUUUGCCGCUGAUUCGAUUGAGUUGUUGCGUCAAUGUGGGAUUGACUUCAAGAAGAACAGCGAGAAGGGUAUUGAUGUGAAUCGUUUUGCUGAGCUUUUGAUGUCUUCAGGGAUUGUGUUGAACGAUGCUGUGCAUUGGGUCACCUUCCAUAGCGGGUAUGAUUUUGGAUACCUGCUCAAGCUAUUGACUUGUAGGAGUUUGCCUGAUACACAAGCCGGUUUCUUUGAUUUGAUCAAGAUGUACUUCCCACUGGUGUAUGAUAUCAAGCAUAUGAUGAAGUUUUGCAACAGCCUCCAUGGUGGGUUGAACAAGCUUGCAGAACUGUUGGAUGUGGAAAGAAUUGGUGUGUGCCAUCAAGCAGGCUCCGACAGUUUGCUUACAGCUUGCACCUUUAGGAAAUUGAGGGAUUCCUUCUUCAAUGGCUCGACCGAGAAAUAUGCAGGUGUUCUGUACGGUCUGGGUGUUGAGAAUAGUACUAAUUGAAAGAAAAUAAUUGUCAAAAGAGAUUGAUGAAUAUUUGUAGACUAUUGUGUGAGACAUGUAGCAUUUCCUUGUACACUGUUCGCAAAAGAGUUGUUGUUCUAGUUUUAACUUGUCAUCUAUGCUUGCUUGUAACUGAAACCUUAACCGGUUCUGUAGCGUUGAGUUUCUUGUAAAUUAUUGCAGUUAGUGUUUCAAUAAAAGUUUCCGUUUCAAUGAGUU